AUGUUGGCUCUGACUCCCAUCUUAACCGUGUCUUAUGAAGCCAAGAUUUCAUUCCUUUUCCUUUCUGUCCUGGAGUUUGCAGUGGGGAUUCUGGCCAACGCAUUCAUUGUCUUGGUGAACUUUUGGGACAUGGUAAAAAGGCGGCCAUUGAACCACUGUGACGUUGUACUGCUGUGUCUCAGCAUCACGCGGCUUUUCCUGCAGGGGCUCCUGCUUCUGGACGCUCUUCAGCUCGCCUGCUUCCAGAAGAUGGAAGACCCACUGAGUCACACCUACCAAGCCAUCCUCACUCUCUGGAUGAUCGCAAACCAAGUGAGCCUCUGGCUCGCUGCCUGCCUCAGUCUCCUCUACUGCUUCAAGAUCGUCCGUUUCUCUCACCCCUUCCUCCUCCACUUAGCAAGAUGGGUCUCCAGGAGGUUUCUCCAGAUGUUUCUAGUAGCUUUACUUUUCUCCUGCAUUUGCACUGUGCUCUGUUUGUGGGACUUUUUUAGCAGAUCUUACUCCACAGUCACCUCCGUGUUACCCAUGAACAACACAGAAUUUAAUUUGCAAAUUGCAAAACUCAAUUUCUUUUAUUCAUUCAUCUUCUGCAAUGUGGGGACUAUACCCCCUUCUCUAGCUUUCCUGGUGUCCUCUGGAGUGCUGUUUGUCUCUCUGGGAAGUCACAUGAGGGCUAUGAAGUCCCAAACCAGAGACUCCGGUGACCCCAGCCUUGAGGCCCAUAUCAGAGCCAUCGUAUUUCUGGUCUCCUUCCUCUGCUUCUAUGUGGUGUCUCUCUGCGCUGCUUUGAUCUCUGUGCCCUUACUGGUGCUGUGGCACCACAAGGGAGGAGUGAUGGUUUGUAUCGCCAUGAUGGCGGCUUGCCCUUCGGGACACGCAGCCUUCCUUAUAUCAGGCAAUGCCAAGCUGAGAAGAGCCAUAGAGACCAUGCUAUUCUGGUUUCAAAGCAGCCGAAAGGUGAGAAGAGUCCACAAGAAACUUCCCAGGACACUCCGAUAA